AUGAAUUCUGAUUAGAUGAUAAGUCUUAUGCUUCCAGAUAAUAAUACUUACAAUUUCAGUGUUAAAAAUAAAGAGGAAGUCUAUUAUAGACAAAUUGCUAAAGGUAGAAACUAAUAUUAAAUAAUAGAAAUUAAAUUGGGAAUCCCUGAAGAGUUCUUAGCAGUUUAUGAUUUGAAGUAAAACAAAGUCAUUAGCAAAUAUUUUGAUAAGUAAUUCUAUAAUCUUACAAAAGAUUAGACCCAAAUUCAGUUUACAGAAUUUUUCAUUUAUAAAAGGCAGCGAGCAUAAUCUAAAGUAAGGAUUAGGAAAUAACAAAGUACAAGGCUGAAAUUUAGGAACUUAAGGAAAAAUAAAAAUCUUUUGAAAUUGAAAAUCAAAAAAUCUAGCUUCAAUCAGAUGCAAAAGUAAACGAGCUUCAAGAAAAAUUAAUUGAAGCUGAAAAGCAGUUAUAAGUGGGUAAGGAUAAAAUCUAAGCAUAAAGAAAAGAUAUAGAGUCUUUGUAAUAUGAUUUAAAAGUAAGCAAUAGUCAAUAAGAUGUGGUUAAAUAAGACAUGAUAAAAAAGUUGCAAGAAAAAGAUGAAAAAUGUGAUACAUAUGCUCAAUAAUGUUAAAAAUAUAUCAAGGAUAUCGAAAAUUUACAGAAUUAAUAAUAAUUAUCUAGGCAAAAUCUAUAUUAAGUUUAAGAAUAGUUCUAAUUAUAUUAGUAAUAGCUUUCAUCCUCCUUAUAAUAGUGGCAAUAAUAUUCACAUUAAUUGGAAUCAGAAAAAAAAACUAUUCUUUUAGAAAAGAACAAAUCGGAUACAGAAGUAAAGAGAUUGAUGAAGAAAAUUGAACUAUUAGAAGAGGAUACUCAACAUAAAAUAACUGAAAACACUAGAUUGAAAAGAGAAAAAGCUUCUUUAUAAAAAGAAUUAAAUUCAUUGCAAGAAGAUAUCACUGAUGUAAAUAAAUAAUAAGAAAAGUUAGAAGGAUCAUUAAGGAAAUUAUAAUCAGAUAUUGCACUUAAAGAAGGAGAAUUAUCUUAAAAAAAUAAAGAGAUUAGUUAGCAAAAAGAAAAUUUAGAAAAUUUGAAUCAAAAGCUUGCAAGCAAGGAAAGGGAGAUUCAAGAAUUAUAGAACAGAUAAAAUUAAUAAAAUAAAAAUGAAGACUCAUAGCAUAUAUUGAUCUUAUAGGAAUAAGUGAAGCAAUUAAAUGAAUAAAACAACCUUUAUAUGAAAUCAUUAGAAUCAGUACAGAGCCAAACAUACGAAUUGUAGAGUAAACUAAAUUAAGAAUAAUAAUAAACUAAUGAGUUGCAAGUUAUAAAGGAAAAUUUGGAAAAAAAAUUGAAAUCAUUUUAAGAGGAAUCAAAAUAUAAAUUGGAUAAAAAAUAGUAGGAAAUUGAAUCAUAACAAUAAAAUCUUUAAAAUGAAUUGAAUAUGAUUUAACAGAAUUUAUAAGAGUAGAUCCAAAAACAUGAAGAAGAUGCUAAGUAAUGGAAAGAAAAGGAAUAAAAUUAUGAAAGUGAUAUUUAAAAAUUUAAAGAAACAUUAGAGAAAUUUAAAAAUGAAAAAAUUAAAUUUGAAGAAGAUACUAAUAAGUAAAGAUAAGAUCUUCUCAACCGAAUAUAUGAAUGCGAUGCUUAGUUGUAUGAGAAGGAUUCUGAGCUUGUGGCAAUUUAAAAUUCAGCCAUAGUACCUGUUUACUAGUUUAGAAUAUAAAGAUUAGUCGAAUAAGUACCUAGAGAAUAUUUCAAAGAUAUAGAAUUUGCAGUUGAAACUAUGAUGCUAAAUAAUGUAAAUCCAGAAAAAUUUCUAUAAGAUAAUUAAGCCAAAUGUUAAAAAUUGACUUUUAAUAUGAGUCAAAUUUAACUAAAUAAGGCAAGGGCAGAGGUGACUCUAUAUAACAUUAGUGACUAAGAUUACAGAAGAUGUGCUGAUAUCACUAAUAUUGGAAAAAUAACUGGUAUUUAAUGUUUUGUUCAAGUCGAAUCUGAUAAAUCGUCUUUGGAUAGGUAUUACUUUUUCAAAUGUCUUGAAUGCCCCAACAAGAAGUAAUUUGAAGGUAAAAUUUUCGGAAUUAAAUAAUGCAAAAAUCAAGACAUAGAAGAUUUGGAGACAAAAGAAACAGCCAUUGAUAAUUGUUUGUCAACAAUAAUUGCUUAGGAUGUUAUGAAUAAGUUUGUCAGUGAGCUAAAGGAAAAAAAAGCUGAAAAUAUUUUAGAGUACAAAUUCAGAGAGUAAUAUAUUAUCGAAACUACAAAGGAUUUUAAGCAAGUUUUAUCAGAAUAAAUAUAGGGCUAAUAGCUAGUACUUUAAGAUUAAGGUAUUAAGAAUUAUGUUGAGUUUAUUGAAUCAUUAACUGGCGAAUAAUCAAAUGAAUUUUAUGAUUUUACUAGGGAGUAUUCAACCGAUAGAAAUUAACCUGCAGAUGGAAACAUAAUUCAAGCAUUUUUGCAUAUUUAAAAUGAUAAGAAACUUAAGGAUAUUUAUGCUAAAUUUAAUCCAGAUAUUAUCAAAAAGUAGCUUCACCAUUUUAUUGAUUUUAUUGGAGGAAAUUUGAAAGAAAUGCCCUAAAGACUUGUAAGAUAUUAAUAUAAUAAUUUAGUAUUAUUCCAUUCAAGAAAUCGAAAUUAAACCAAAUUUUUAAAAAUAUAAUGGAGGACAUUUGAAAUUUGAUUCAAGUCAGGAAGGAAAGUUCUUAUCUGCAUUUACAUAUUAUUCAAUCAUUAAGAGUUAAAGAUAGAUGUGUAUUUCUCACUUACAAGGAGUUGGAGAUUAAUUAUAUAAUCCUUUAGUUUCGACUUAUGAUGGAUUUUUAGAUAAAUUGGAUUAGGGAUUUAAUGAAAUAAGAACCAUUGAAUCAAAGUUUUUAUCAGAAUCCAAUCUUAAUAAAGGAAUAGAUUAUAUGAAAGCUCUUGGUAUCAAAUGGAAUUGA